GAUAUGCGGCUUCAACUACAAUUCGAUUUGUUUUCGGGUAUUUUGUUGCAAGCUCAGCGCAUCUCAAACUCAUUCAUGUCGGCCAUUUUAGUGGUAAUGUUUCUGAUUGUUACGAAAGUGUAAUCGCGUGGUUUUUAACUUAAUCAAUGAACACGAGACGCUAACUUGUUGUGUUUUAAUAAAUUAGUGCAAAAUAAAGGAUUGCAGUGUGAGACAAAAUGGUGUAAUACGGAGAAAUAGUAUCGUAAAAUUUUAUUGUUGAUUUUGUGCAUCGUGAUUUCGUAAAAAGACAAUGUCUACGGUCGGAGAUGAUACGGCUGGCUCCUCAGGUGCCGUAGCCAUACAGGUGUUCCGUCCCACAUGGGAGGAAUUCAAGGAUUUCAACAAAUACAUACAGUAUAUGGAAUCUAAAGGUGCACAUAAGGCAGGCCUCGCUAAAGUGAUUCCGCCGCCGGAAUGGGUGCCACGGAAGUCUGGGUAUGACCUGGACCAGUUGAACGUGACUAUUCCAUCGCCUAUAUGCCAGGUCGUCACCGGCAAGCAAGGUUUGUUUCAACAAAUUAACAUUCAAAAGAAAUCUAUGACAGUAAAACAGUUUGCAGUGCUCGCAAACUCUGCCAAGUAUUGUACGCCACGGCACAGCAGUUUUGAUGACUUGGAAAGGAAAUAUUGGAAGAAUGUGACGUAUGUGGCUCCUAUUUAUGGGGCUGAUGUGAAUGGCAGCAUCACAGAUCCUAAUGUUAAAGAAUGGAACAUAAAUAGUUUAGGUACUAUUCUAGACUUCGUCAACUCUGACUAUGGCAUAGAAAUUGAUGGUGUGAACACAGCAUAUCUGUAUUUUGGAAUGUGGAAGACCACAUUUGCAUGGCACACCGAAGAUAUGGAUUUGUACUCUAUAAAUUAUUUACAUUUCGGUGAUCCUAAAACUUGGUAUGCAAUACCACCUGAACAUGGAAAGAGGUUUGAAAGAAUAGCAGCCGGUUUUUUCCCAACAUCUGCGAAGACCUGCCAAGCGUUUUUACGGCACAAGAUGACAUUGAUUUCACCACAAAUUCUCAAACAAUAUUCGGUCCCGAUUAACAAAAUAACACAAGAGGCGGGGGAGAUAAUGAUAACCUUCCCAUAUGGUUACCAUGCCGGUUUCAACCAUGGCUUCAAUUGUGCGGAGUCAACUAACUUUGCUGCACCUCGGUGGGUUGAAUAUGGUAAACGGGCUACACAGUGUACCUGCAGCAAUGAUAUGGUGAAGAUAUCUAUGGAUACUUUUGUUAAAAGGUUCCAGCCAGAUCGCUAUGACCUUUGGCUAAAGGGCCAGGAUAUAGGCUGUCACCCUGAACAGCCAGAGAAAAUGGUUCCCGCACCCCAUCCGUCUGGCCAAGACAUUCUGUGUAAUAAAAACAAUACAGAAUUACCAGAAUCAUUCAUCGCAGCCGAAGAAGAGGGUACUAAAAAGAAGAAACGCCAUCCUCUUCAUCUGAAGAGAGCUAUGGCUAGUAAGAGCAUUUCGGAAGGUGCGAUUGCUGUGUCUAUCCUCGGACAUGAUGUAAUGGAUGAUGAUGAAAUGACAAUGGCUGAAGGAGAUUUAGACAUGAUGACGUCUAUGAAACGGCCAAACAUGCCCAUGGACCCUGAUGAUACCCAACUGGAUGCUCUCGAGGAUAUUUGGCUGAAAGGUGAUGAAAUGGAACCAUCAGAAGCACAGUUACCUGACGUUGGGUAUAUGGACUCUGACAAAGACUCAGACUAUGGCGCACCAAAGUCGAAAAAGAGUUCCAAGACCAGGAAAAAGAGAAAAGAAAGUAUCAAAAAGGAGAAGGUAAAGAAAGAAAGUGAAUCAGAUCCUGAAGAUGCUGAAACUAAGAAAAAGGUUCCUAAAAUCCGUAAAAGGAGAGCUAAAAAGCUAUCUGAAAAGGAAAUAGAAAGCAUGGAAGCUGUGGUAUCUAACUGGGAGUCACCACCACAUGUUGAGGAAAUGAGUCCCAAAGUAGAACAUGAUGAUUUAACUGAUCCAUUAUCUACUACAACCAGUGUUCCACCUAUUGAGAAACCACAAUUAGAAGGUACUACACCAGAGGUACAAGUAAAAAAAGAGAGAAAGAAACGAACACCAAAACCAGAGAGUGAGAAAAAAGAUAAGCCUAAAAAAGAAAAAGUGAAGAAGGAGCCAAAAGUAAAAAAAGAAGGUGACGAAAGUAAACCAGAGAAGAAACCACGAAAGCCUCGCACACCUAAGAAAAUAAGCAAUUUUGAAUACAAUUCUCCAUUACAGCCUGUGAUGGCUAGCGUGCACAAUUCAUACAGCAGCCCACAAUCAGAUCUGUUUAAACCCCAACCUUACCCAUCUAAUACUGCUAAGUUAGGCAAAGCUAGACUUGUUCCAAUACUAAAACCUAAAGCACCAAGCACAGCUACUUCAACUCAAGCACAUAAACCACUACACACAGUCUCCCAACACAAACCAGCUAUAUCUCCACCAAAACCAGUGUAUCCAUCAACAGAAAUAAAAUCAUCCACAAAACCAUACUCGAACCUGCUUCUUGAUGCGAGUUUACGAGUACCUACCAUUGUACCUCCUAUAAAUAAGGACCCUAGCGCCUUCCAAGGGGAAUUCCAUAAAUUCAUGACUACUAAACAGAAUACAGACUCCACUGUUAUUAUAAACGCAAGACAGCAUAGUCAACCGAGGAUUAACAAGCCACAGAAGGUUGAGAGACCACCAAAAAUUGAUAAACCUCCAAAACAAAAUGAUAAAACUGUUAUACAACCUCCUGAAUCUGUGGCAGCAAACACGAGGACGCAGGAAUGGCCUAUGCCGAUUGGACAGUACAAUGAUAGUAUAUUCCUUGACAAUAAUCCAUUAGAUUAUAGUACUUAUACACAAAACGAGAGAAUACUUAAUCAAGUGACGCACAGUGCUUUAGACGAGCGACAGUGGAGGCCCAAUCAAGUAUACGGUCAACCUUAUCAAAACCCACCAAUAUUCAACUCUGCAAAUAUGGACUACUACAGAAAUCCAUACCAACCACCUUGGUAUGGUGGAAACAAGAAAGACAAGUGUAAUUAUCCUCUCGAGCAGAGUUCGGUGGUCUGUACUAGCGAUGGAAGCGGAAUGAAUCGUGCCGCGUUCGGCACCUAUAUUUAUACUCCGCCCGCUCGCACCGUGUCACGUACUAGGAUUACUAAUUUCUUCGUAGGCCGCCGAAGUAUCCCCUUGUUAGUGCGCACGUCGACCGCCCGUAUUUCACCAUCCGGUCCCGGAUACGUAGCCACCACCACGCCGCGCGGCCAGGAGUUCCGAGGCAAGUUGCCGUCCGCCACCAGCACCAAGUCUUCUAACUUGAUGACUCCGUGUGUAGCUCGGGGCUCCCGCCGGUGUUGUAGCUGGGCGGCUGCUUUCUUCAUCUCGAGGUCGGCACCCUUGAGGUUGGUGCCUUGGUCCGACCACAGCUCCGUGGGGCACCCGCGGCGGCUUAUAAAGCGCCGCAGAGCCAUUACUGCGGAGUCGGUGCUGAGGCUGCCGGCGAUCUCCAGGUGCACAGCCCUCGUGGUGAGACAUGUGAACAGCACGCCGCGGCUCCCUAGUACGGCCGCUUGCAGCUCCAGACGUGGUAUAGUGGUGACCUUGUUCAAAGGGGCCACUCUUCCCUUGGCUGCGAUGAGUGACACACGUACCUCGCCGGUCACGCAUACGGCCCGCCAGUAUACGACACAGGCGUAUGCAUCUGAGCUCGCGUCGACGAAUGCCGCCACACCAUUCCCAGUAUCUUCUCAGCGUCGAGUUGCACCAUGUUCUCUUCAUUUCUAUGUGAGAACUCUUCUCGUACAUGGCGCGAGUUCGAUGCCCAGCGCUGAAGAUAGUAGUUCGCCCGGCUGUGGAUCCGCCUCCGGGAACUCUUCUUUAUGUAGUUCGGCGUUCUUGUUCUUCACGUAUAUCGCCGUGCAUGGUGACGAAGUGGCCCCGAAGAUGACGCUCUUCAUCCUAUAUUCGACAGCUGGACCCUGGCGUCGAUCUCCUCUCCAUAGAAACCGUUGCAUGUCUCGGUCUUCUUCUCGUAUUGUGACACGCAUGAACAUAUCCUUGAUGUCCGCUGUGACCGCCACACGGCGCUGUCGGAACCUCAUGAGGACCCCAGGUAGUGAUUGGAGUAGGUCGGGUCCCGACAGCAGCAUGUCGUUGAGACUAAUGCCCCUUGUCUUGGCGGCGGCGUCGUGCACGAUGCGCAGCUUGUCCGGUUUCUGUGGGUUGAUGACAGCGAAGUGUGGCAGACACGGCAUGAUCUUCCGAUCUUCGUCCCCGUAUUGUGAAGUGGACAAGCUUCGAUUCAUCGGCGUUUAUGCGUGUCCCGGCCACGGCCUCUAUGUAGAAGGGUGCGGGAGGGCCAGUGGCGCCGAUUUGCUUCGCUGUUGCUUCUUCGAUGAUGGUGCACGUUGCGCCGUCGUCCAGGAGUGCGUAUGUAUCGCACGUUCCUUUGGGACCGAUCACUUGUAUCGGCACUAUCUUGAGGAAUGCGAUCUUCUUAUCUUCUCUCGCAGACGCGACGACUGCGGCUGCUUUAUCAUCGGAGGGCUCGCUGUCCUUCUCUAUGGUGUCGACGUGCAGGAGUGGGUGAUGCAACGGAAACAUAGCCUGUGUUUUUUUGCUAUCUCCCAUCUUGCUUGUGGCUCGGCGUUCUUCACAGUGAUGCAAUCGGGUGGUGCGUGUCCCUCCCUGUUGCACGUCGGACACGGCGGUGAAGUCGGUUUCUCCUGCGUGAUGUAUGUUUUCACGCUUCUCUUCGUUGCUGGCUCCCGCCGGUCUUCAUUUACUAUUAUUUCGGCGGGUGCGAAGUCACCGCACCUGGCUGCGGUGAUUUGCAGGAACUUGGAGAGCGUUAUCAGUGAAUCCUCUUCUUUCUUCGUUGGCAUCAUCGGUGCUAUGGAGUCUUCCCUCGGACCGUUGUGGCUUGCAUGGUCCCGUCGGAAUGCGUCGCUGCACGGCUGCGGCUGCGGCGCUUUCGUUCCCUCUCCGGCGGCUGUGGUGCGCGGCGCCCUUGGAAUUGUUGUGGUAGUCUCCGCGGAAGUCUCCGUGGUAGCAGUAGGUUCCGAGGACGUGUACGUCGUGGUGGUCGACGUAGUGGCGGCAGCAGGCGACGUAGUGGCGGCGACGGUCGGCGUAGCGGCGACAGGCGACGCAUGUCUCAACGUGUUGACCAAGCAGGAUGCCUCGCCCAGCGUGGAGAAGGAGGAAGUCAGGGUGGAGGUGGAACGGUUCAUAGAUCUCGCCAGGCAGAUGGAGGCCUUCUUCUUGCAGAAGAGAUUCCUGUUAUCCGCCAUGAAGCCGGAACUUCUCGUCAAGGAAGACAACAACGAGCUGAAGUGUGAGCUUCAACGCAAGGAGGAGUUACUGCGACGUCACUACGACAAGAUCACCCAAUGGCAGAACCUACUCGCUGAUCUCCAGGGCCAUACGGUGUACAAUAAAUGUCAACAGCAGAACUCGCAGCCCGGGAUCCAGCAGGCGCCGUCACCGCGGCAGCAGCCACCCAUCGUCCAGCAAAGCGUGCAGGCACAACAAAUGGCUGCUGCCGCCGCCGCGCAACAGGCGGCAUUACAACAACAGGCAGCCUUACAACAACAACAGGUACAGCGGCCCCCGCACCCGCCCGCGUACCCCGCAACAGUGCCCAGGCGGUAGGGUUAGGAUGGGUUAGAUCGUAUCCGGCUCGAAGGAUCAGCUAUUCGCCUCGAAGCAGUUUAUUGUACUGUGGUUUAAAUAAGUACUUGGAAGGACCAAGAAUGAUUAUUAUUGUAACCAACUAUAAAAUCUACAAUUUCGUGACUUUGAAUCUACAAAGUCAGGGGUGCAUUGCAAUUGCAACUUUUAAUGUGUUCGUAUAAAGUCGCUAAUGUAUCGAUUUCAAUUGAGACUUGUUAGCAACGGUGUUACGUAAUUAAGCCCCUGGAAGAUUAAUACGGUAUAUGGUAAGAGUAAACGCGUGAGUGAGAACGAAAAAUGUACUGUAUUCGAUGUUUGAUGGAGAGUUGAUUUUGAUUUAAAGUAAAUUUGUUAUUGUCUCUUGUAUAUGUAGUAUUGUUAAUUGUUUCAACACAGGUUCAGCAAUCGGAAUUAGAACUUAUGUGUGUGUAGGAAGUUUCAAUUUCUCAUUAUAAUAAUUGAUCUCUCACCAAUUGCCUUGUAAUGUGAUUAAAUACCUUUUUUUUUCGUUUUCUUUUAAGUUACGUUUGCUUGUAAGUUAGAAUUAUAAUUUUCCUUUAUUUUAAGUUCAUUUGUGUUCUUUCUAAAAAUUAUAAAUAUAUUUUUAUUUUCCAUUA